AUGGCGUUCCGCGAGGUGCUGGAUUGGCACAAACAGCACGACCGCAUGCCGCGGCGCACCCACGAUGGUCUUGAAGACGAGCUGGCGCGAAGAUGGAGCAGGUGGAGGACCUCCGCUAACCUGGCGCCGGCCGCGCGCGGUCUGAGGAUGCGCAUCGACGGGCUGGCGGCGAAGACCGAGGCAGCUAAGCAGGAUGACCGUCGCACUGCGCGCGCAGAGCAGGCGCUACUGAUGCAGCACUUGCAUUGGUGCGAGGGGAACGACGUCCACGACGAGGACCGUUGGAGGCAGCCUGCCCUGCAUCGGUUUCGCGGCGGCCAGCACCCGUACCCGGGCCUCUCGAACCUAUGCAACACCUGCUACCUCAACGCGCCCCUGCAGUGCCUCCUCCAUUGCCCCGCCGCGCGCGCCGCGCUCCUGGGGGCGGAGGGAGAGGGCGAGCCGCUGGAGCUGCGCGCGCUGGCGACCGCCUGCGUGCGCGGGGCGCCGCCGCCCGCGGAGGACGUCGGCGGCGCCGCGCCAGCGCCAGUCCGCGUGGACCGCUGGUCCCCGCGCGCCUUCGUGGACGCGUUCCUCGCGAAGCACUGGGUGGACUUCAAGCUGGGGAGGCACGCGGACGCGAGUGAGGCGCUGUCGUUCAUCCUGGAAGACGCGCCUGGUCUCGCCAGCCUCUUCCAGACCGGAUGCGACGAGGAGGCCAUCAUGAGGCUCCCGGCAUUCGUGGACGGGGCAGACGACGGCGACGACGCCCUGUCGCCGCAGGAUUUCUUCCUCGACGGGGGCGCGCAGCGACUGGACGUGCGAGAGCUGCUCCGCCGCGGCGCCUCCAUGGGCGGGCGACUGCGAUCGAAGCCCGAGUUGCUGGCGGUCCACGUGCCCCAGAGGUGGGAGCGAGGCGACGGCACGGCGCUCUUCCUCGGCGGCUGCGACAUCGCGCCCUACUGGGGCGAGCUCCCGGAGGUGGCUCUGAGGGCGGGGGAGGAGGACGUCGCGUACCGCCUGCGCGCCUACGUGCAGUACAUCCUGCCCGAGGGAUCGGAAGCCGCCCCAUUCCGCGUCCUGAAUGACCCCCAGGGCCACUUCGUGGCCCACUUCGAGGAGGACGGGAGCUGGUACACUGCAGACGACCUGGGCGAUCGGCCGCACGUGGUCCAGUGGGCGCCUGGCACCCAGCACAAGCUACCCUGCAUGAUCUUCCUUGAGAAGGUGGACUCCAGGACGGCCCGCGCCGAGGCGUGCCCGUGGCCGCCCGGGCCGGUCGUCGACGGCGCGGAGGGCGCGGGCGGCGACGGCGACGGGGGCGCGAACGGCGAGGACAGCCCUGGCCUCGGCGGAGCAAAGCGGCUCCGCCUCAGAGGGAAGCAGAGCGUGGCUGGGAGGCGCGACGGCCGGAGCCGCGCCGGGAGGCAGCAGAGCCGCGCUGGGAGGCAUCAGCAGCAGAGCCGCGCUGGGAAGCAGCAGAGCCGCGACGGGAGGCAGCAGAGCCGCGACGGGAGGCAGCAGGGGGAUAAGCAGCGUGGCUGCAAGCCCGAGGAAGUGCUCCGGCAGGGGCGGAAGCCGAAGAGCAAGGGCGACAACGCCGACGGGUCCAGGCAGGGCGCCCAGAACAACGCCGCCGCCCCGGUCCUCCGCAGCAGCAGGGAGGCGAAGAGCUUGCAGGCGGCGUGCGACGCGCGCCGGGAGUGCGGCGACCUGUUCUUGCUCUUGCACCUCCUGGAGCCGCUGGCCGCCAUCGAUGACCUGCUGAAGCACUACCCUGACUUCUUCGUCUACGCGGGCGACGACUGCACCCGCCGAUGGGCGACGUUCCUGCAGGCACCCGAUCGACCCGACCAGUUGGCUGGCAGGCUGCGGGAGGCGCUCGGGGUGACGGAGGAGGAGAUUUCAGACGCCAAGCGCCGACUGGAGAGCGGGGAGGGGCACAUGCACCACGUCGCGGAGCUCCUGGACGAGCGCCUGGGCUCCGCCCACGGCGCCCACUCCGUGGCGGCCGCGGUCCGCCUGGCGGUGGGCGACGGGCCGGGCGCGCUGGGCGACGGCAAUCCGCUGAGGGCACACCUGGCCGAGGCGUGGCAGCGCAGACCCUGCAACCGCGGCCCGCCACGGCACGCCGCCAUGCCUGCGCGCCUUCGGGAUCGCUCUGAGUGGUUCCAGCGCCCCGCGCCUGCGCUGCAUUAUGCCUGCCGCAUGUGCGAGGCCGAGUUCCCCAACAGGGAGGCGUUCAAGGCGCGCCAGGGCAGAGUCCACGGGGGGCAGCGGUGGUACCAGUCGCAGUAUGUGGCGCGGUGCGAGCUGGAGCCCUACCAGCCGUCGCCGACCGAGGAGCGCCAGGUGGUUGCCAGGUUCCACAUUUCCCAGUGCUGCGCCACCGUCGACCCCGUGGACGAGCCGUUCGUCCCGAAGCCUGAACCGGAGGUGCAGAAGCAGCUGCUCCACGCGGAGAUCAUCGGCAGUAUCGUCGGCAAGAUCGGGCAGGGGGGGCCCGCGGAGGAGAUCUCCCGGCAGGCGGCCGGCGCGGCGGAGUCGGCAGCCCGCGCUCAGGCGGCGUGUCAGGCGAGGGGGCCCCGCGCUUUCCAGGCCUGCGUCUGCUGCGCCAUGCAGCAGUGGUCCGAGAACCUCCACUCGGAGUACCUCGUCGGCGACAAGUGCACCAUAAAGGACCGGGCCCAGUUCGCGGACUGCCUGUCGGCCGAGUGGCAUCACCAACGAUGUCCCCUCAUACCGCGCGACGAGCUGAUGUCGUCGGCCGUGGACUUCCCCCACAACGACUGCGAGGGCUCGCCGACGUCCACGAAGAUACUCAUGCACAAGAGGCGCGUGCCGCCCGAGGCGCUCGAAGGGAAGGUGCCGGUGAAAGUGUGCGAGGAUUGCCGGAGAGACCUGUGGUCUGAUCACCCCAAGGUGCCGCUCAUGGCGCUGUUGAACGACCUCUGGCUGGGCCGCCACCACCCCCUGCUCAGGAAGGCCGCUCUCGCACACCAGAUGCUGCUUGCGCUCGGCCGCGUCGUGUCCACGAAGAUCUACCUGUCCAGCAAGGGCGCCGACAAGGCCGUCCGGCAGGAGCAGCAGUCGUGGAGGCAGAAGUUCUUGCAGUACGCCAUGCAGGGCACCGCCAUCGUGUUCGGGAACGGGAACGUGGACCACGCGAUGCGGAGCUUCCCGCCGGAGCCCGACAUGCUCAGGGACACGUUCGUGGCCGUGUUCGCGGGCGCCGACGAUGACGAGGAGGGCACCCCCCUGACCGAGGAGCAGAAGCAGGAGAGGGCCCUGAGAGCCAUGAGGGAGGAGGUGGCGCUGCACGUCGACAAGGCGGAGUACGACGCCCAGGCGCGGUUGUUGAAGCAGCACAACUACGUGUACAAUGACCCGGGCGUGCAAUGCCGAUCGGACCUCGUGGACCGGUUCCCCCCGCAGCCGGGCGUGCCCGACUUCAUGCUGGCCUGCGCGAAGUAUGUCCCCACGGACGCGGCGUUGGACGACGUCGCGCAGGCGCAGGGGCCCGCGUCGGCCACCACCGGUGCGCAGGCAGAGAUGAGCGCGGCCGCCGAGGACGCGCAGGAGCUGACCAAGUGGCUGUCCGUCCUCGAGGACCACAUGGACGACGUCAGCGAGCUCACGUCCCUGCCGGCGCUCCAGGGCAUGCUCGAGAGGAUGGAGAGUCAGGCGGGGCGCGUUGUGGCCAACGAGCUGAUGUCCAGACUCGAGGACCAGGGAGGCGAGGAUCGGGCGCUGCAGCUGGACGAGAUCGGGCGUCACCGCCUGCGGGACCUCUGCCAGGAGUUCCACGCGCGCUGUCGGAAGAUCUCCCCUGGGGAAGACAUGGCGAAGCUGCGCCGGCGCAUCCAGGCGCUGGAGACCAACAACUGCCAGGCGGAAGAGGGCGCGGGCGACCUGGCGCGAUCUGCAGGAGUCGCGGGGACUCCCGCCGAGGACGAUCCGCGCUCCUUGCAGGAACCGCCCGGCCCAGACGGCCAGCGGAAGGCGAGGCUUCGGGUGCCCACUUCGAGGAAGGCGGAGAGCUGGUGGAAUCCGAAGUACUGGUCGAUUGCCAGGCCCACGGACUUCUGCUACGGGGACUGCGCCUGGGGCCUCGGCCAGCUCCCCCCUGACGGGGAUGAGGACCCGCAGAGGCAGAAGGAGGCUCGGCUCUGCUUCAGCGUGGCGCACUUCAUCGAGAAUCUUCUCACGCGGGAGGAGAUGGAGUACGACGUGCCUUCGGACGAGGAGAAGUACGUGGCGGGGCCCAUCAGUCGUUUCCGGAGCUGCUGGUACGACGUGCACCUGCUGUGCUCCUUCUGGAGAGUCACGGAGACGACCAACAGCACCUACUCCUUCAUGAAGACGCCCGGGGCGUUCGGGGCCGCUCGCGCCUGCGCGGACAUCACGCUGGAGAUGAUCGAGGAGGUGCAGCUCAGGGCGCAGCAGACGGGCGGGAAGGCCACGCUGCGCGGCAUCCUCAAGGACAAGGACACCCCGAACGAGGUGCGCAAGGCCUUCGCCACCCUGGGCCAGGCCACUGCCGGUCAAGUCGGGUCCGACGGACACAGGCGGGAGCUGCGCGGAGAGGGCGAGGCGUAUACCCUGCGCUUCGGCCCGCCCGUCCAGUUCGUCACCCCGAACCUGGCAGAGUGCACCUUCGACAACGACCUGACCGAGGCGGAGCAAGUCACGUUCAGCGAGAUGUCGCAGCGCAUCGCUGCGGACCCCGUGGGCCAGGCCGUAGUGUUCGAGCUGAUGAUGAGGCUGUUCUUCGUCCACGUCCUCGGCCUGCGCCCGGAGACCGUCGGGUGGCGGCGAGGAAAAGUUCGAAAAGCUUCGGAGCACUGGAUCUCCGACGGCGUGGCGGCCGACCUCAUGGGCGUGCCCACGGUGUUCGGCCCCCUCGCGGCGGCCUUCGGUCCGGUCGAGGCUCAGGGCCGCGGCUCGCUGCACCCGCACAUCCUCAUCUGGCUGCUGCAGGGUCAGCUGCGCGUGCUCUUGGACAUGCUGCAGCGCGACGAGGCGCGCUUCCAGGAGCGCUUGAACCUGUGGAUGCGGCAGGUGGUGCAGGCCGUGGUCGCCACUCAGCAGAGCGCCGUGGAGCUGCUGCCCCUGCAGCUGCAGGGGGGCGAGAACAAGUGCGGGGUCGAGGUGCCGCCGCUGCCGUUCGGGCCCAACGAGAAGCGGUAUUUCAGAGCCGACGGGGGCGCGGAGAUGGCGACUGCAGAGCAGCUCGGGGACGGAGGCGAGACGGAGCCGCAGGGGUACUGGCGGCGGCCGCUCUCCAGCAGCGCCUCCGGCAUCUUCCCGAGGUGCCGCGGCGGGGGCACCCUGGCGGAGUCUCUCCCGAGCGAGGAGUGGAUUCGCGAGAUGUGCCGCGACGUGCGCGAGCUCGUCAUCGGCUGCGGCAUCCACGUCUGCAGCCCCUCCUGCUACAAGUGCCAUUCCGACAAGACGCGCGGCUCGCAGAUCUGCCGCCACAGCUUCUACAACCUGGUGACAUUGUGCACGUGGACCGAGGGUGAGGACUCCCGAGAGUGCCGACUCCGCACGCGCGGGAAGGCGCUGCGCGGCUGCAUCGGCAUAUUCCGGGAGACGGACUACGGCGUGGCCGGGCGCAUCGUCACCUUCCAGCUCCACCCCGGGGAGACCUCCACGAAGUACGCGGCGCUCGUCUCGGCGCGGUGCAACGUGGACGUGCAGGACAUGAGACGGGUGCUGCCCCCGCGCCUGUGGAUGGAUGCGUCGGAGCUGGAACCGCCGGCGAACGAGGAGGACCGCAAGAGCUACAACCAUGGCCUCUACCCUCAGCGCUACGCCGACUUCUCGGUGGGCGCCCGGGAGGACUGGGGAUGGUUCCAACAUCUGAACACCACGCCCGCGGAGAAGUGGGACCUCGUCGUAGUCACCGACUGGCACGGGAUCUGCAGGGAGCUCGCGAACCGCGGCAGCCCCGCCGUGCACGGUGGAGACGCUGCGCGCGCCGAUCUCCAGCGCGACCUGGAGCGGCACGCGCUGGCCACCUUCGUGGUGAACCCCGGUAUGGACGACGCGCUGCGCAAGCUCCUCGACGGCGUACGCCGCCUGAAGAGCCAGCGGGGCGACAGGGAGGCGCAGGCCGCGGGCGACGCCGGCGACGAGGCCCAGUCGACCGCUGCAGGAAAGCGCAAGGAUGAUUUCAAGCGCACGCUGCAGGUGCUGGCCCGCUUCGAGACCUGCUUCCGCAGGGCCUCCUGGAAGAGCGGCAGCGAGAUGGUCUUCCCCAUGCUCUUCGGGCACCUCUCCUUCAUGACGCACCGUUGCUGGAAGGUGUUCAUGCGGAAAUCCAUCUACCUCGCCGCGGAGUCCUGGCGCAGGCGGUACGGCCAGGCCGACACCGCGGAAAGCGCACCCGCCGCCUCGAUCACGUACGCGGUCCCCGGCACCGGAGAGCAGGUCGCGAUGCCAGGGUGGCGCGAGGUGCAGCGCGAGGGCGAGACGGUGUACGUCAGCCCCGACGGCGAGGAGUUCGACACGAUCGAGUACGCGCACCAGGCGUUCCAGAUCGCGAACGCCAGCGGCAGCUCGCUGCGCGACGUGACGAAGGCGCUGAACAAGUUGCGGGAAGGCGAGGCCGAAGAGGUGCCCGAGGCACCGGGGCCGACUGUCGAGGGCCCCGCGCAGGGCAAGUCCAGGGGCGCAGUGCUGAGCCAGCACGACGACUGGAUGCACCGCGGAGACCACCCUAUUGUCCGAGACAUGAGCUUGUACGUCUACAGCAUCUGGGUGUACCGCGUGGAACUGCCGCUGCAUGCCCUUCCGGCCGGGGAGCUGGAUCACGAGGGCAGCGGGGGUCGCACCCUGCACGUCGACAUCGCCUUCGACUCGUCCUACACGGCGGCGCGGAACUGGACGCAGAGGCUGGCCGUCGAGCCGCGCAUCCCGAAGGCCGAAGGCUUCCAGUUCGUCAGCGCGGAGUCGAACGUGGAGACGCACUACCUCAUGAAGUCGGUGCUGCUUCGGCCAGUGCACCUGCCGGACGCCGACGGUCCCAACGACACGAAGGAGCUGCGCUACCUCCGCGCGUACGAGCACCU